UCUUUGCUGCUUGGGAAAAGGUCUUACUUGACAUGCAGAUGUGGCUGUGCUUUAAAUGCCUUCACAUCCAUGCAUGGAAAAAGGCUUAUACAUCAAAAUUACAUAAGGAAGAUGUUAUUGCAGGUCCUUUUAGCGGACAUGAUGCUGAGUUCCUUAUUCAUGGUGUAUUGAAGCCACAGGCUGGUGGUGUGUCUGAUACUGCAGUGAAAUCUAGCAGUUCUGGUGUGAAUGAUGCAGUAGUUGGCUUGACUUUGGACAUGCUUCAUACUGUUUUUCAGAGAAGAAUUACCACCAUUGCAUGGAUUCAACUGUUGUUGUUACCCACUUGCACACUCAACCUGUAUGUACCCAAUUGUUCUAGUGAGGAGAGGUAUGGCACACGUAAGAAACUGCAGAUUGCUGCAAUCAAUCAGUCCUUGAAUGUAUGGAGAGAGCCAAAUGGAUGUGCAACCUUGGUUCACAAAUUGUCGGGUCAUUCCAAGCCAUCUGCAGCCAUCCACAAAACAUCCAAGAAGACGAAAAAGGUCAGUGCCAAUAUUGCAGCUUGUAAGAAAAAGAUUAGCUAUGGACAUUACACGGCUGCUAUACGUGUGCUUUCUUCUGAUGGCUUAGCACAUGCCACCCCUGAAACCUUACAGGACUUGAUGCUAAAACACCCCCCUGCACCACCUCCAUUUAUCCCUGCACAUGAUAAUUCUAUUCCUGAAUUAGCUGUUGAUGCAGAUGUUGUACUCUCAUCUAUUAAGAGCUUCCCCAAAGGCACCUCAUGUGGGAGGGAUGGCCUUAGGACGCAACAUCUUCUAGAUGCAUUCAGUGGUGCCGCUGCUGUAAUCUCAGAUGAGCUACUGCAUUCAAUCGCAUGUGUAGUUAACUUGUGGUUAAGUGGUAAAUGCCCUCCAUCUCUUGUUGAAUUUAUUGCCAGUGCUCCAUUAAUACCGUUACUCAAGCCAGGAGUAGGUGUGCAUCCUAUUGAAGUGGGAACCAUUUGGAGACGAUUAUGUUCUAACUUGCUGCCACUUCAGCUUGCAAGAAGUUAGCUCCAUAUCUAGGAGAUUUCCAGUUUGG